ACGUCUGGAACGCGUCGAUGACGUCAACGCGCAGCAGCGUGACGUUGGAAGGCGUUCAGGAAAGAGAGAAACGUUUGAACAACGUGAGCAGUUUGAUCUUCUGUUGCAUUUAAUAUUUCAGCGCCGGAGUUGAAAUACUGCUAACAACGAGAUUAAGCCGCUGUUCAUCCAAAUAGACACUAGGAUUAUCGCCAUGGCUCUCAAUAAAUCUAUGCAUCCUCGGAACCGAUACAAGGACAAACCUCCGGACUUCGCCUACCUGGCGUCCAAGUACCCGGAUUUCCAGCAGCAUGUUCACACCAGCCUCACAGGAAGACCUGUUGUGAAUUUCAAAGAGCCGGAGGCAGUGCGUGCGCUCACCUGCACUCUGUUAAAGGAAGACUUUGGUUUGACCAUCGAGAUCCCUCUGGAGCGCCUCAUCCCCACCGUCCCCCUGCGCCUCAACUACAUCCACUGGGUGGAGGACCUCAUCGACGGCCAGAAGCAGCCUCGCCGCGGCAUCGACAUCGGUACCGGAGCGUCCUGCAUUUAUCCCUUACUGGGAGCCACAAUGAACGGCUGGUUCUUCCUCGCCACAGAGGUGGACGACAUCUGCUUCGACUACGCAAAGAAGAACGUGGAGCAGAACAAGCUGUCAGACCUGGUGAAAGUUGUAAAAGUCCCGCAGAAGACUUUACUGAUGGACGCCUUAAAAGAAGAGACAGAAAUUAUUUAUGACUUCUGCAUGUGUAACCCACCGUUUUUCGCAAACCAGCUAGAAGCAAAGGGGGUGAACUCCAGAAACUCACGAAGACCUCCUCCCAGUUCGGUGAACACGGGCGGGGUGACUGAGAUCAUGGCGGAGGGCGGCGAGCUGGAGUUCGUCAAGAGGAUCAUUCAUGACAGCCUGCAGCUGAAGAAGAGGCUGCGGUGGUAUAGUUGCAUGUUGGGGAAGAAAUGCAGCCUGGCACCUUUGAAAGAGGAGCUGAGGAAGCAAGGGGUGCCCAAAGUGACCCACACAGAGUUCUGCCAGGGACGGACCAUGCGCUGGGCGCUGGCCUGGAGUUUCUACGACGAUGUGACUGUCCCGUCUCCUCCCAGUAAGAAGCGUAAACUGGAGAAGGCUCAGAAGCCGCUGUCAUUCACGCUACCAGAGGCAGGUGUGAAGGAGCUCCAGGCCAAGGCCUCAGCUGCAGGCUGCAGCAGCAGCAGCUGUAGUUCUGUGGACAGCAUCACUGCUCUGCUGGAGAAAACUCUCACUGAGCUGCGGGUGCUGCAUAAGCGAGCUCCCUGCAGUCAACAGGAGCAGAGUCUCUUCCUGACUGCUGUGGAGAACACCUGGAUCCACGGCCGACAGAAGAGGCGUGAACAGACACGUCAGCUGCGAGAGCUUCCCAGGGCUCCUCCCUGCGCUGGGACCAGUAUACAAACCAGUACGGCCACAGCUGCUCCCGUUUCCACUGAAAACCGAGGAAAUGACGAGAGCCAGGAUGUCGACCUCAAGGGCAAAUCCGUUCCUUCAAAAGAGUCGAGCACAGAAACCGAGACCUCGGCUGAAGGACGAGAAGAAAAAGAGGCGCUGGCGAACACAGGGGGUGAGGAUGUGGACAUGGAUUCCUCUGCCUGCGCAGAAACAAGACAGGAAGCGGACGUGAAAACUCCUGCUGCAGAGAGCGCUGGUGACACCGGGCGGCCCCGUACCCCUGGAGGGGUUGAGCACUUUCUGUUCAAGUGUCUGCUGAACGUGAUUCCAGAGGGAAACGACGUAGGGGUUGAGAUGCACUGGGUCGAGGGUCAGAACAAAGACCUGAUGAAUCAGCUGCGUACAUACCUCAGGAACACACUUUUAAAAUCUGUGGGGAAGGUCUGAAGUUCAGGGAGACAGGAGCUGGUCUCACAGUGGUAUGUUCAGACCCUGAAGUACAGUAUUUCCAAAUUAAUUGUAUCGUUUUAUAAAACAGAAAACUCCUUCAAAGUUUAUUCACAUCAUUUUAUAUUCUCAUUUAUCCCUAGCUUAUCUUUUAAGGUCAUUUUUAUUCUUGAAACAGAAAACAUGAACAAACUUUUGAAAUAAAUAUUUCAUGAAAAUCUUUGCUUCCUGUUUUUUUAUUAUUUCGCAGUACAUUUCAGUAACCACCAGAGGGUGUGAGUCCCCUGCCCUGCUCUGGUGUAGCAGCAGUAAUUCUUGUUUUAUGUACCAGAUUUUGUAAUGACUGUCUUGGACAAUUUGUUUAACUUUUGCCUGUUUUUCUUCAGGAAGUUUGUAGAGUCUCUCAGUAUUUCCCAUGUUUGGAGAGCCAUCAGUGUCGAAGCUCUCUAUUAUAGUUGCUGUCAUACAUCCGUAUUAGAGUCCAGUCAAUAACAGGAACACAGAUUUAAACAUCUUGAGCCUUGCACACGUAGAUGCACAAUCCCUGCAGUAAAAAAACAAAACCGUUCCUGAUCGUACAACAUGUGCCUUGGUCAUGGCCGGACUUUGACUCCACUGUGUGUGUGGGGGGGGGAGGGAGCAAGUCAUGUGCUAUCCAGCGAAAUUAAACUAGUUUGUUUGCUUUGUUCUUUUUGUCAUUGGCCUGGAGCUUAGUGAGUUAAUGUUAACAGUUCAAUUUAUUUAUAUGUUUUCCUAAAAAUGUAGGAGUUUUGCUUUAUUGAUGACACAAGAAGUCUAAGUGUUGCUGUUUUGUUUGGUAUCAAAUAAGAUUGAUAAUAAAAACCUAUUCAUCAUC